AUGUGGUUCAGCCUGGGAAUUGCCCUCCUCGCCAGCCAAGCCAUGGCCACGCCUCACUCCUUACAGAAGAGGCAAGGGAACGACUGCCCACCAAUCCACAUCUUUGGAGCCCGGGAGACGACUGCACCGCCAGGUUUCGGUGCUGCGGCCAAAAUCGUGGAUGACCUCACGAAAGCGAACCAAGGGGCCACGAACGAGCCCAUCAACUACCCUGCCUGUGGUGGCGGGACAGAUUGCCUUGGAGUGAGCUACGCCGACUCGGUCAAGAACGGUACAGAUUCCGUUGCCAAGGCCAUCAACGACUUUAACACUAAGUGUCCUCAAACCAAGAUUGUCUUGCUGGGAUUCUCCCAGGGUGCCCAAAUCAUGGAUAACGCAUAUUGUGGCGGCGGUGACAGCAUCGAGGGCGUGAAAGACACCAACGUGCUCUUCUCGCAGCAGGCGUUGGGGAUGAUUAAGGUUGCCAUCUUCAUGGGCGACCCGCGAUAUGUAGCGGGACUGCCAUACGAGAUCGGGACAUGCAAGGAGAAGGGGUUCGCACCGCGUCCCCAAGGCUUCCAGUGCCCAUUUGGAGACAACAUCAAGUCCUUCUGUGACUCGGCUGACCCUUUCUGCUGCAACGGCAACGAUCCGGUAGCUCACCUGCAGUAUCCGACUAUCUACGGCGAUCAGAUCAAGCAGUUUGUCAGUGAUAAACUGAAAUAG